AAUGGAUAAGAAACUGAAUAAAAUAAUAGUAAAAGGUUUGUAUAAAGGUCCCCACGUACUCCUUCUUCGUGUCUUGUGGAUUCCCAUUUUCUCACUGGCAGAAUCAUUCUGCCUUUUUUUCCUAAUUCGUUCAUCACUUCCAUUUUCACUUUCUUCUGUUUUGAGCUGUUUGAGUUUCAGAGCUCAAAAUGAUGCGGUUCUUAAAACCCUUGAUGGGGUUUUGGCUACUGCUUUGCUGUCUGGUUGUUGCUACAGAUGCAACUUACUUGAAAUACAAAGACCCCAAACAGCCAUUGGGUGCUAGAAUCAAAGAUCUUAUGGGUCGGAUGACUUUGGAAGAAAAAAUUGGCCAAAUGGUUCAGAUUGAACGGGCAGUUGCAACCCCAGACGUUAUGAAGAACUAUUUCAUUGGGAGUGUACUGAGUGGAGGAGGGAGUGUACCGGCGGAGAAAGCCUCGGCAGAGACUUGGGUCAAUAUGGUGAAUGAGAUCCAAAAGGGGUCUUUAGCCACCCGUCUUGGAAUCCCUAUGAUUUAUGGGAUUGAUGCUGUUCAUGGUCACAAUAAUGUGUACAAUGCCACUAUCUUUCCUCAUAAUGUUGGUCUUGGUGUUACCAGGGAUCCGGAACUUCUUAGGCGGAUUGGAGAAGCUACAGCCCUUGAAGUCAGAGCAACUGGAAUUCCAUACGUUUUUGCUCCGUGUAUUGCGGUGUGUAGAGAUCCCAGAUGGGGUCGAUGCUACGAGAGCUAUAGCGAAGAUCAUAAGAUUGUUCAACAAUUGACUGAGAUAAUACCUGGAUUGCAAGGAGCAAUUCCCUCUAAUUCGAGAAAAGGAAUUCCUUUUGUUGCUGGAAAACAAAAAGUUGCGGCCUGUGCUAAGCACUUUGUAGGAGAUGGUGGCACAACCAGGGGUAUCGAUGAAAAUAACACUGUGAUUGAUUAUAAUGGAUUGCUUAACAUUCACAUGCCUGCAUAUUAUAAUUCGAUACAAAAGGGCGUUGCAACAGUAAUGGUAUCUUACUCAAGCUGGAAUGGAGUGAGAAUGCACGCCAACCGUGACCUUGUCACUGGCUUCCUCAAGACCAAGCUCAGGUUCAAGGGGUUUGUUAUUUCCGAUUGGCAAGGGAUUGACAGGAUCACCUCUCCUCCACAUGCUAAUUAUUCUUAUUCAGUUCAAGCUGGAGUUGGUGCUGGAAUUGACAUGGUUAUGGUUCCACAAAACUACACGGAGUUCAUCGACGAGCUCACUCGCCAGGUGAAGAAUAAUAUUAUUCCAAUGAGCAGGAUCAAUGAUGCUGUUCAGAGGAUUUUAAGAAUUAAAUUCCUUAUGGGUCUCUUUGAGAACCCAUUGGCGGAUAACAGCCUAGCCAACCAACUUGGGAGCAAGGAACACAGAGAGGUGGCCAGGGAGGCUGUAAGGAAAUCGCUUGUGCUAUUGAAGAAUGGCCCCUCUGCCGAUAAGCCAUUGCUUCCUCUUCCUAAAAAAGCUGGAAAGAUACUAGUUGCAGGGACUCACGCCGACAACUUGGGCUAUCAAUGCGGAGGCUGGACGAUCACAUGGCAGGGUCAGAGUGGCAAUGAUCUCACUGUUGGUACUACCAUUCUCAAUGCUGUGAAGAAUACGGUUGAUCCUUCGACACAGGUAGUGUACAAUGAAAACCCAGAUGCAGGAUUUGUCAAGUCGAAUGAGUUCUCAUAUGCCAUAGUUGUUGUGGGGGAGCCUCCAUAUGCUGAAAUUUCUGGCGACAGCACAAAUCUCUCCAUUUCUGAACCUGGUCCAAGCACCAUAAAAAAUGUGUGUAGCAAUGUCAAUUGUGUCGUCGUCGUUGUCUCCGGUCGCCCUGUUGUGAUGCAGCCUUAUGUUGGAGUAGCCAAUGCCCUUGUGGCUGCUUGGCUUCCAGGAACAGAAGGCCAAGGUGUAGCUGACCUUCUGUUCGGUGACUACGGAUUCACCGGGAAGCUUGCUCGUACAUGGUUCAAGACUGUUGAUCAACUCCCUAUGAACGUUGGUGAUUCACAUUAUGAUCCACUUUUUCCGUUUGGAUUUGGUUUGACAACUAAACCAAACAAGUACUAGAGAAGUUAACAUUUUAGAGAAACUUCGAAGGAUAUUAUUCCAUAUUAGAUGAGGCUGUUUACAGAGCCCUCUAGUCUUAUUUUAGAAGCAUUUUUAAUACCAUCUUCUUUGAAUCUCGUAUUGAUUUUUUCUUUCCUUAAGCCUACUGAAAAAUACUUAUAAUCCAGCUUGAAUGGCUGUCAGACAAAAAUACUUACCAAAGAGAAAAAAUUGAUAUAUGCUUCUCUAGAUCUUAGGUCUAGUUUAAUCUCUA